AUGGAAAAUAAGAGUAGCACUGCAAUUCCAAAACCAAAUGAACUAGCCGAAUCUAAGUUGACAUAUGAGCAAAUUGAAAAAGAUAGAGUACAAUUAGUUUCCAAGAUUGAGGAAUUAUAUCAAGAUGUUGUAGAACACAAGUUAGUAUUGGAAGCUUUAGAAAAUGUUCCAUCGGAUAGGCGAUGUUAUAGGAUGGUUGGAGAUAUCUUAGUUGAAAGGACUGUUGGUGAAAUUAAACCAGCUUUGAUAGAUCAUAAAAAUAAGGUCGAACAAAUAAUAGCAGAAUGCCAAAAGAAACUAGACGAAAAAAAUAUCGAAGUUUCACAAUUUCUGAAAAAUGCGAAGUCAGCUAAUCCCUCAAAUAGUUUAAUUACAAAUAAGUCAUGA